AUGGCAGUUCACAAGAACACUUCUCUCCCGCAGGUGUGUGUGGAGGACCUGGGGUCAUGCGCCAGCACCGGCGAUUCCUCGGAGGCCGACGAUAACUUUGGCAACAACAGCGGCUCCUUCGGCAGCACAGACGUCACCACCGCGGCCAUCACCUACGCUUACAGUGAUGAAGACAAUGGAUAUUGGAAAAUUAUGGUUCCUAACUUUAGGAAAGACUACAGCUAUGACACAACCACCAACAAUAGAAACAAAGGCUCUUUAUUGGUUCCAGACAACAGAAACACUCAUUCAAGCAACAUCAGCAGAGGGAUGGGAACGAGCGAAGGUGACGGCACGAGCAGCGAUGGCGACGACAAGAAAAACGCGACCACACGCUUCAUGCAGUCGCGUCGGCUGGUGAUCUCGCCCCCAUGCCUCCCGUGCCACCAGUGGGACGGAGUCAUGUACUGCAGGCCGGUGUUUGGCUGCGUGCAUGACACCCUUUUGAGCAAGAUGGAGGAUGCCGCGUGCCGCCCGUGCUUCCAACGCAACGACCUGAACAACUGCGAGAGAAUCAAAGGCUGCAUCAUCCCCAUCCUCCACGGCGCUCCCAACGCCUAUCAAGGUGGCGUCGUCUUACCCCCCUUCAGGCAGACGACCACGCCCUCCUCCACCAGGACGUCGCGAAAGGAGGCGGUCGAUCCAAACCCCCCUCCAACGAAAGCCCUCGCUCCUACGAAUGCUGCCGCGGUGGUCCCGCUCCUGAAAACCUUCCUCACCACGCCUCACCCUCAAGGGACUCCCGUUUCUCGACCAGCCGAAGCCUCGCAGUCGAACCGCGUCUCGGGUUCUGCUUCGAAUCACGUACAGCGAAUCACUGUGAGUUAUGGAUUCGAGACGACGCGACACGAGAUCGAGAAUGACGCGUCGUUUGGGGCGUCGUCGGCGACCUCUGUCGUCUCUGAAUCACAUGCUACACAAUCUGACAACCAGGCUAGACCAACACUGACUGAGAUGGCGGAAGAAACAUCCGGAAUGUCAUUUAUCUCUGAAAGAUCCCAAGCAGCAGGUUCGUCAUCAGAAAUAUUGGAGACUUCAGAAAUGCCCGUUCUGCUAUCUGAAGCAGCAUACGUGACAGCCACGCCAAAUGAAAGAACAACAGUGACAACAACCGUGUCUUUUGAAAUAAGCGAAUCGACCUUCACGUCUGAAACUGAAUCAACUGCUACAUCUUAUAGAAUAAUUGAAUUGACAUCUGCAGCUACUGAAACGACCCAUGCGUUCGAUCUCACAUCAGCAGAAAUGGAAGCCACAUAUUCAGAAGAAUCAGUUGCCACAAAAUUUGGACUGGAAUCUACAUCCACGUCUUCAGGAACAGUAGACUUGAACCCCACUGUUUCUGAGACAACAGAAUCAAUAUCCACAUCGUACGAAAUGAUAGAAUCGACUCUCAAAUCUGAAACAGAAUCUUCGGCGUUAUUACAUGAAAUAACGGAAGUGACUGUCUCGGUUUCUGAAAUGAUUGAAUCAACGGUUGUAUCUUCGGAAAUACCGGAAUCGACAUUCCUGACUUCAGAAGUGAUAGAAUCGACAACAACAUCUGAAAAAGAGUUAUCAGACACGCCAUGUGCAAGAUUAGAGUCGACCUAUAUAUCUUCCGACAUAGCGGAAUUAAUAGCUGCAUCUUCGGAAACAACAGAAUCGACGUCACAAUCUUCACAAAUAUUAGAAUCCACAAUUUCUGAAAUCACGGAAUCAGCAAAAACAACAGAUUCAGAAUCGUCUGGUAAACUAUGUGAAAGAAGAGAACUGACAGUUUACGAAAUAACUGAAUCGACAGCUACUCCUUAUGGAAACACAAUAGCUGAUAUAGUCCCUGCAUCUUCCAAAGUUGCAGAAUCACCAGGCGUAUCAUCUGAGACACCGAAAUCCAAAAUCACACCAUUUCGUACACCUCUAGUAAAUGACUUCACAUCCACAGCAACGGAGGCCACAUCUGAAAAAACACAGCUCACGGCCACAUCACUUGAAACACCAGAACCAACGGAGCCUGAAAGAACGGCCACUACUUCUGAAAUGAUGGAGUCGACAGCCACGUCCCUUGAAACAUCAGAGUCAACAGGAGUAGAAAGGACUGUAUCGACAGCCACCUCGUUAGAAAGCGCCAACCUGAUAUCCUCUUCAUGUGAACCAAUAGAGUCCUCACAGCUGUCACCAACGAAGAAAACAGAAGCAAAUUUUAUUACAUCACACUCAAAAGAUACAUUAGCGAGUACAGGAUUCGCUCUGGCAAUGUAUCUAUCUACCGUGAUCCACCAACGAUCUCCGGGUACAGCGUCCGCAGACGUGGGAAUAGCACCUAGUUAUAUGCAUAGAUCCCAUCCCGACGUUGAGGAAUUUCGUGAGGAAGCAACAGGAUUGCGCCCAGAAGUUCAGUUCUUCGUUGAAGCAUCUGGAUUAAUUACAUCUGAAUCCGCGAACCAAGAAGCUACAUUAACGACAUUGGAACCACGCCACGCAAAGGGCUUCCUAACGCCACACGCAAAGCAUCUUUACAAGGUUGCUCUCGUGACUUCAAAAACGCCAAACCCUGACGCUGAAGUCUUUACCAUGACUCAGAUAGGACAAAGUAACACAGAGAGUUCCCUGAUGCCCAAAACGCCAAACCUCGACGCAGAAGUGUUCAUUACGUCACGCAAAAAGCCUGUAGUAACAGAAAGGCUCAUCGUAUCUGAAACAUCGCAAACGAAUUCGCAAUCAGCGAAGCCACUUUAA